AUGCGUAGGCAGCUGAAGAAGUUGGAUGAAGACAGUUUAACCAAACAGCCUGAAGAAGUAUUUGAUGUGCUGGAGAAGCUUGGAGAAGGUUCCUAUGGCAGCGUGUUCAAAGCCAUUCAUAAAGAAACGGGUCAAGUUGUUGCAAUUAAACAAGUUCCUGUGGAAUCUGACCUGCAAGAGAUUAUAAAGGAAAUAUCCAUAAUGCAGCAAUGUGACAGUCCUCAUGUGGUGAAAUAUUACGGCAGCUAUUUUAAGAACACAGACCUGUGGAUAGUCAUGGAAUACUGCGGCGCUGGAUCUGUGUCUGAUAUUAUUCGAUUACGAAACAAAACUCUCACAGAGGAGGAAAUCGCUACAAUAGUGCAAUCAACACUGAAAGGACUAGAGUACCUGCAUUUUAUGAGGAAAAUACACAGGGACAUCAAAGCUGGAAAUAUAUUGCUAAAUACAGAGGGACAUGCUAAACUUGCAGAUUUUGGAGUGGCAGGACAACUUACGGACACCAUGGCAAAGCGGAACACGGUGAUAGGGACCCCGUUUUGGAUGGCUCCAGAAGUGAUUCAAGAAAUUGGGUAUAAUUGUGUUGCAGACAUCUGGUCCCUGGGAAUCACGGCAAUAGAAAUGGCUGAAGGCAAGCCACCGUAUGCAGAUAUUCAUCCUAUGAGGGCAAUUUUCAUGAUUCCUACGAAUCCGCCUCCAACAUUCCGGAAACCAGAGCUCUGGUCAGACAAUUUCACGGACUUUGUAAAACAGUGUCUUGUGAAGAGUCCGGAGCAGCGCGCCACUGCGACACAGCUUCUGCAGCACCCAUUUGUUAAAAGUGCCAAAGGAGUGUCAAUUCUGCGAGACUUGAUUAAUGAAGCAAUGGAUAUCAAGCUGAAACGUCAGGAGGCGCAACAGCGUGAACUAGAUCAAGAUGAUGAAGAAAACUCGGAAGAAGAUGAAACCGAUUCAGGUACCAUGGUGAGGGCGAGCGGAGAUGAAACUGGUACCAUAAGAGCUAUCAACACGAUGGGCGAUGGAGCCAACACAAUGAUAGAACAUGAUGGCACCCUGGAAUCCCAGUUGGGUACAAUGGUCAUAAACACAGAAGACGAAGAGGAGGAGGGCACCAUGAAAAGGAGGGAUGAAACGAUGCAGCCGGCCAAACCAUCAUUCCUUGAAUAUUUUGAGCAGAAGGAGAAGGAGAAUCAAAUCAAUAGCUUUGGGAAGAAUGUGUCUGGCCAGACAAAAAAUUCAUCUGAUUGGAAAGUACCGCAGGAUGGAGACUACGAAUUUCUAAAGACCUGGAGCGUCGAUGAACUUCAGAGGAGGCUCUCGGCCCUGGACCCCAUGAUGGAGCAGGAGAUCGAAGAAAUCCGCCAGAAGUACCAGUCGAAGCGGCAGCCGAUCCUCGACGCCAUCGAAGCCAAGAAGCGGCGGCAGCAGAACUUCUGA